CCUGGUGGCCAUGUGAAAGCGCAGAAUGCACAAAGCAAGCAGACGCUAAAUUAUAGAAGAUAAAUGAUUGAUUAGACCCCUCUUAUGUAUUGAUACGAUGCGACAUUGCCCACUUCGAGCCAUGUGACCAAUCCUCAGGGGUACAACCGUCAUUCUCUCACUCCUUUGCUUCACCAAUUUAUAUGAGCUUUUUCAGGAGAUCUGAGAAACAAAACUCACCAAUCAAGAGAGAGAGAGAGACAGAGAUGGGAAUAAUGAUGAGUUUGAGCAGCAUAGUGGUGUUGAUGGUAUUGUUAGGACAAGGGAUUGGUAAAGUGUCGUCGACGGUAUACAAAGUUGGGGACUUGGACUCAUGGGGCAUCCCAAUUGAUGCUAAAGUCUACUCCAAAUGGCCCAAAUCUCACUCUUUCAAGAUCGGUGACUCCCUCUUGUUCUUGUACCCACCAAGCGAAGAUUCAAUGAUCCAAGUGACGCCAUCCAAUUUCAAGAGCUGCAACACCAAAGAUCCAAUCUUGUACAUGAACGACGGCAACUCUGUCUUCAACCUCACCCAAAACGGAACCUUUUACUUCACAAGUGGACAUCCCGGCCACUGUCUCAAGUACCAGAAGCUCCUCGUCUCCGUCGGCACCUACUCCGCCGAAGCAGACGACGCCUUGUCUCCGUCGUCUUCCGCCGAUGCCGACGCUCCCUCUUACCAAAACGCCUUUGGUUCGAUCCCUCUCUCUCAGAAAUCUUCGUCGUCUCCGUCGUCCAUUUCCGCUUUCACCACCGUCGUUGCUUCCCUGGCCUGCGCUGUCGUCGUCGGUGCUAUCAUGUGAAAUGGCCAUUUUUUUAAUAUUCCCUUUAUUAUUAUUUUACUUUUUUUUUUCCAAAAUGCAAAGAUGAUUGGUUCCUUCUUUAUUAGUAUCUCUUAAUUUUUUAAUA